AUGGCCAAGUCUAAGAACCAUACCAACCACAACCAGAUCAAGAAGGCUCACCGAAACGGUAUCAAGCGAGUCAAGACCCACAAGUACCGAUCUCUUAAGGGUGUCGAUGCCAAGUUCCGACGAAACCACCGAUACGCUCUUGCUGGCAACGCCAAGGCUCUUGCCGAGCGACGAGCCGAGAAGGCUUAA